UCUUUUUUUAAGCAGGCCAGUCGUGCUCCGCCUCUGAGCAGGUUUUCAAGUAACCUAGGACGCUGGCACGCUGCAGUCAUUUGAGGUUUUUACCUGAGCGUCCCUGAAGCAGCAGGUGAUCAUGGAGUGGUCAUGGACUGGCGUGCUUUAUCACCCGGGCUGGGUGGUCAGCACCGUGAUUCUGGGUCUCGUUGUGAGAAUGCAGAGGAAGGGGUCGUGGAACCCGCGAGCCUGCCCCGUGGAUCUGACCGGCAAAACUGCCAUCGUUACCGGAGCUAACACAGGUAUCGGGAAGUUCAUUGCUCUGGAUUUGGCUCACAGGAAGGCACGGGUGAUCCUGGCAUGCCGCAGUCAGGAGCGAGGCCAGGCAGCACUGGAGGAGAUCCGCAGGAAAUCACACAACAGCAACGUGCACCUACAGCUUGUCGACACCAGCUCCCUGCGCUCUGUCAGAGACUUCGCACACAGAAUCAACCAGGAGGAGAAACGACUGGACAUACUGGUCAACAACGCAGGGGCCUCCGGACUACCCAAAGCCAUGACCUCAGAGGGACUGGAGCUCUCCUUCGCCACCAAUCACCUCGGACCCUUCCUACUGACGAACCUGCUGCUGGAUCUCAUGAAGCGCUCCGCCCCCGCCCGCAUCGUCAACGUGUCCUCAGCCAAUCACUGGCGAGGGGUGGUGGACUUCUCGCACUUCCACGGAGAGAACCUGACCUACCGGCUGGACAGCGUGUACAAUCACACCAAGCUACACAACAUCCUGUGCACCAACGAGCUCGCCCGCAGACUGCAGGGCACAGGAGUGACUGCUAACUCCCUGCACCCGGGCAUGGUGAUGACAGAGGUGAUGAGGUAUUAUAACUGGCUCAUACGAGCGCUCUUCAACAUCGUGGGGUUCUUCUUCAUGAAGUCCUCGAUGGAGGGAGCAGUGAGCUCUAUAUACUGCGCGGUGUCGGAGGAUGUGGAAGGGAUCACUGGGAAGUACUUCGACAGUGACUGCUCCCUGGUCCUGCCCUCACCCUUGGCCAGGGACCCUGCCCUCGCCAGGAAAGACUGGGAGGUGUGCGAGAGGCUAACCGGGCUCUCCGGAGGAAAGGACCAAUGAGCACUCGGCUCAUCACAGCUGUGACACACACACACACACACAUACACACACACACACACACACACACACAGGCAUGCACACACGCACACGCACAGGCACGCACACACACACACACACACACACACACACACACACUGUCACGAAUUCUGCGUGUUCAGAUUUCUUUACAUACUCUUUUUAUUUGCUCAGCACACACUCUUAUCUCAGGGGAGACGUUAGGAGGACAGAGAUGUUAUUACUCCUAGUGGGGUGUAGUUCGUGCUCUGGACCCGCAAUAUAUCCAGAUGACUAAUAUAGUAUCCAAGAAAUUGACAGACUCAUGUAUCUAAAGUGUUUUUUACGAAUCAGAGUAUGAUCAGUACUCAUUCGGUUUAUUAACGGUUAAAUAUUGGAUUGAGUAGCUACAGGCUACUUCAUAUCCUCAGCUGACAGACGUUCUGGGCAGUCCAGUGUCUUAACAGAUAUUAACGUUAACACUUUAAUACAUCUUUAUGUAUUCGUGCAGCCUGCAGGCCGGCCAUGACCACGACACUAAAAGCACCCAGUAGCCUAUUUCAGCACAUUCAACAAACGUUCUCCUAUUUUCUAAACAUAGCGUGAGUCCCUUAUAGCAAUACAUGCAGUACAUGUGAGAUAAAAUAAUAAUUGAUUAAUGCUUACCCUUUAAUAUAAAUCGUAAAGGAAUAUGACUGUCUUCACCAGGCAAAUGAAACUGAGUUCAAUCAGCUCAGUUGUGUAGGUCUGCAGAUAAUGGACCACCUCACCCUGCCUGGUGUGAGUGUGGUGCUCCAUUGUAAUUACUUAGGAGUUAUAUAGGAUUUUCGUCUCAUUGGAAUACAUGGGACGCCUCAGUUAAAUCCAAUCAUUAAUCUUUUGAGACAGCUCAUACCUUUUACAAAUAAUAGUUUUCACAAGAUCCAGACCAACUUUUCAGAAUUAAUUUAUGUACCAAUAAAUUCAAGACUUCAUAUUUGUCCAACUCCAAACCUAUGAUCUCAUUCCUUGUCUUCCUCCGAACCCCUCCUUUAUCUGAAAAGUCGAGUGAACCAAGGUUCCCAGGAUCUUGGUUUAUAAUAUAAUAUAAAAACACUACUGUUAUAUGUGCAUGCAAACAUUAUUCUUUUUAUGUGUUAUAUAUGAGAGAUGUUCUUAAUAUGUGACAUCAUCUUCUAAUUGAUUAUAUUUUGCUAAAUUAAAGAUAUGUGUUUCUUUUAACCUCA